CAGAGAGGCAACCUUUGCAGGAAUUUCGGUAACAAGAAGAAGCAAAGCCAGGCGAGCGUCGGAGCCGCCGUCAUGAAGUCCAUUAUAUUUGGUCUUUUGCUCUGCCUCGUCGCCGCGCGAGUGCCGAUCAAUCAACGCUACGCAAGUCAGAUUCAAGAGAAAAAAGGAAAAACUUGGAAUAUUGAGGACAACAUUACAGAACACGCAAAAAAUAAUCAAAUGCAACAAGAAAUAUAUCAGGACAACACAACGAUAUGUGUCAUCGCUAACGAUUUCUGCACAGACGUCGACGCUUCUGGCCCAACCACCGCCACCAACCCAACCACCACCGCCAGUACUACACCGUCCACCAGCACAUCCACUACUCCGAGCACUACAUCUACCCCACCAACGCCCAAGUUGAAGCUGGGGGCAACCAACACAGGCACCUGUCACGUGGCUGUAACUGCGUUCUACGCCAAUGUUACUAGUCCGAACUAUCCUCGUGACCAUCCUCCUAACACCCACUGCGUCAUUGCGCUAUAUUCGCCGGAGCCCCGAUUCCUGCGUGUGAUGCCUGAGACGCCUGUAAUUGGUUGGUUCGAUUCAAUGAAGAUUAGUGGAGUCUAUAACCAAAAUGAAGAAAUUACUGAGAACGACAAUUACGAAGAUAUUUAUUUCCAAGUCCCCGUGUAACGUUUGAGUAUAAAGCGUUUUGGCUGUUUGACAAACGCGCAUUCACGCUUGGCUUUGAGGCCUUCACCAAUGACUGU